GAAAAUAUUCUUAAUAAAGACAUAUGUUUGCAAACAUCUAUUAAACUUAAGCAUUUAUUGCAACCUAAUUUCGUUAUAAAAGCUCUAUGAGUACAAUCAACUUUAUAAAAUUAGACCGUGUUUCGCUAUGAAUUUAGUUCACCACACCUGUGUUUCAUCACCAGCAGUUAGAUCUCUAAAUGCCUCACCAGGAUCACCAAAGAUACUAAAUAGCAAUAAUCACGUGCUUGGAAUUGUUACCCAAAAGACUAACCAUGUCAGCACUGUCUUACUUUAUGGCACACCAAUUGUAUCACUAUAUAUAGAGGGACAAGAAAGAUUAUGUUUGGCCCAAAUAUCUAAUACAUUACUAAAGCAAUUUAGUUACAAUGAAAUUCACAAUCGUCGUGUUGCGCUUGGAAUAACAUGUGUACAAUGCACUCCAGUACAAUUAGAAAUUUUACGUCGUGCUGGAGCUAUGCCGGUUAGUUCUAGACGUUGUGGUAUGAUAACACGUCGUGAGGCAGAGAGACUUUGUAAAAGUUUUUUAGGCGAUAAUGCACCACCGCGACUACCAGAUGACUUUGCAUUUAGUGUACAACAUAAAUGUGCAUGGGGUUGCCGUGGAUCUUUUUUACCAGCACGGUAUAACUCUUCUAGAGCAAAGUGUAUUAAAUGUUGCUUUUGUGGCAUAUUUUUUUCACCUAAUAAAUUCAUAUUUCAUUCUCAUCGUAUUAGUAACAGUGAUAAGUAUAUUCAACCUGAUGCAGCAAAUUUCAACUCUUGGCGACGACAUAUGCUAUUAACUGGUCAACCUCAAGAAGAAAUUAUACAUGCUUGGGAAGACGUUAAAGCGAUGUUUAAUGGUGGCACUCGCAAACGAUUGUUAAGUAGAAAUGAUUCGCCUCUCCAAAUAAUACAAAACGCUACUUCCACUCACUCAAAUACGAACUCAACCUCUAAAAUAAAUAAUAAACCUUCAAAUUUUCAGCGUCAUCAGGAACAGUAUACAGAGAAUAAAGAAUCGAACGAAACAAUAUCUGCAAAACGCUUAAAGACACAAAAUCUUGAGACUAACCAAAAUCCAGUUCUUGGCGAGAGCGCAGUACCUGCUACAGUUGGUGCAGUAAAUCCAAUAAAUGUUGCGUCUAAAAUUUCACAGCAAACUAAAAUUGUGUCAAAUUCCCAAAAUAGUGUACGGGAUCAUGAGUUGGCUACGAUAAUACCACUUUCAAGAAAUUUUAUGAUGGAUUAUAUGUGGCAUGCACAUGCAGCUCAUCAUCAACAACACAAUAAAUCAAAACUUAUCAAUGCAUCUACAUUUAAUUUUCCUAAUUGUAAUAUUCCCUGGCGCAAAGAUAAUUAUUUAUCCACCGUCACAUCUUUAUCUACAAAAUACAAUAAUGUAAGUAAUUUUGCUGCUACAAACUCUCCACUUAGUAUCUGCUCAAAUCCAACGAAAAACUUAAACGAAAAUAUUGAUCACAUACCUCAAAUAAUCAAUAAUUCAGCUUUUAAACCAGUUCACCAUCAACAACAAAAUAAAUUGAAUUCGAUUAGUCCAAAAAUGGCAACGGUUGAAUCGGAAUUGGAUGAUUUAAGAAACGAAAAUUCUCUUUCUUCCAAUAUUGCUGUUUUACCUAAAACUGAAAGCAAAAACAAGUGUAACUUACCAUAUCAUGUGCAUAAUUAUCCCCGCAAAGUGAUACUUUCUUCAGCUGGAACAUAUUCCUGUAAUGAACCCGGUGUGCUUUUAAGCCAGCUGCAAAUAACAUCGGAAAUGGGCAAUGUUAAAGCAUCUUAUUUAUCAGAGUGUGAUCGUGACUAUGAAACUACCAAAGAUGAUGAUGAUGAAGUAGUAGACAUCGAAACAACAGAAGAUGAAGGCCCAAAUCAAAAUAUUCGUUUAAUUCCAAACGAAACUAUUCCAAUAUCAAGACAUACUCUAAACAACAGUCCAAAUAAUUCCAAUUCUAAUUCAUACCUUGAGAUAUCCUGUUCACAGCACUGCAGCAGUAGUAGUACAGAUAAUAUAGAUGUCGGUAAUGUUGUUGAAGCGACUAAUUUCUCGGAAGCCAAAUCAAAUACAUUCAUGCAAUUUGAAAAUAAAGUAACAUAUUUACCGCAUUCUACUUUGCAUGUUGCUGAUACCGAUUGCUCUUCAAAUGAAAGUCUGCAUUCGAAAAGUUCUUCCGAAUUUAUUAUCGGCAAAAAUUUACCAAUUUCAACUAUGUGGAAUGAUGUUAUUAAAAACGAAGUAAGAUCUUAAGUAAUUGAAAUAAUGUAGAAUAUUUAAAA